CUUGGCAGUCGGGAGUCAUGGCCAGGGGCUGCCGCUGUCCACCGCACGCCGCCGCCGCCGCCGGCCUCCUGCUGCUCGUCACGGCGGUCGGCACCUCGGCCCAGGCGCCAGACCGGGACGAGAAGCCGGAGUACAUCUCUCUGCCGCUGGACGGCCUGCUGCGGACGGAGCGCAGCAGCCUAGGCCUGGUGCCCUUUCCGCGGGUGGGCAAGCGAGCCGGCUCCAUGGGCCUGGUCCCGUUCCCUCGGGUGGGUCGAGCCCGCUCCAUGGGUUUGGUCCCGUUUCCCCGCGUGGGUCGAGCCCGCUCCAUGGGUCUGGUCCCGUUUCCCCGCGUGGGUCGACGAGACACCGCCAUGGACAAGCGCCAGAGCCUCAUCCCUUACCCGCGGAUCGGCAAAAAGUCGCUGAUGCUGGAGGAGCUGGCCGACAAACGGCCGUGGUCUGAUGAGGUGCCGCUGCAAGCCGCGUCACUGCAGUUGGCCGACAUGAACGAGCCGACCAAGCGCAACUGGGACGCUCCUCGCCUGGGAGGUUACAAGAGGUCCGGGUGUAGGGCCGUCAGAGGGCGGCUCCGGCUGUCCCCUGGCCGAGCGCCGUCUGCGCAGCCAGGGCGCCGUUCGCGCCGCGGCUCGGUGACGAGUGAGCGACCGCACCCGCCGAGCUGCGCCCAGUCGUGCCGAGCCCAGCAUGAGCCCAGCCCGGCACGAGCCGAGCUCAGCCAUGCGGUCAGCCAAGCACGAGCCCAGCUUAGCCCAGCCCAGCCGGGCCGAGCUGGGCCGAGCCGGGCCGAGCCGGGCCGAGCACGAGCACGAGCACGGCCCGUGACGAGUCCGCGCUGGUGGUGAACCCAGCCCAGCCGAGAGCGUCGGCGUCGGCGUCGGCCUGGAGCCGGAGGGGCCUCCGAGUCGCCGCCGACGAGGACCGCGCCACGGAUCCCGCCUGUUGCCGCCCGCCCGCGUCAGGGACGCUCGCUGCGCUUUAGGUGAUGACCGAGACAUGUGUGUGCUGCCAACGUGACUGUCAUGUGUUGAAACGUAAAUACAU